AUGCCCAGUCCAUAUGGCGAUAAAAGAACAGUGACUAAGCUUGUCAGCGAGCUAGAAACUGCAGAAAAUUUACCUGGUAGAGGCAAAGCCUACAGAAGAGUUUGCGAUUUGUCGUCUAGCGAUAAGAGAGUAGUUUCAUGGAAAUUCAAUGAAUGGGAUUACGGCAAAAACAAUGUCACUUUGCCAUGUAAGGCAAGAGGUCUAUUUAUAAGCGAUGAUGUAAGAAACCCUGCCAUUGUUGCUAGAGGGUAUGAUAAGUUUUUCAAUGUGGGCGAAGUCAACUUUACCAAGUGGGAAUGGAUUGGGGAAAACGCUAAAGGUCCCUAUGAUGUCACUGUAAAGGCCAACGGUUGUAUUAUUUUCAUUUCCGGUUUGGAAGAUGGCACAUUGGUAGUUUGUUCAAAACAUUCAACAGGGCCCAGAGAAGAUGUAGAUAGAAAUCAUGCAGAGGCGGGUGAGAAGCAACUUUUAAAGCAAUUGGCGGAAAUGAACGUCAAUCCAGAAGAUUUUGCAAGAAUGCUAUAUACCUAUAAUAUCACUGCUGUAGCAGAAUAUUGUGAUGAUUCGUUUGAAGAGCACAUUUUAGAGUAUCCCCUUGAGAAAGCUGGCUUAUACUUGCACGGCAUCAACGUUAAUGUAGCAGAAUUUGAAACUUGGGAUAUGAAAGAUGUUUCGGAAGUAGCGUGCAAAUACGGAUUUAAGGGUAUUCAAUCCUUUACGAUGGAUACAUUGAAAGACUUGGAGAUGUUUCUAGGCAAUUGCUCUGCAACUGGGUCUUUUCAAGGACAAGAAAUUGAGGGAUUCGUUAUCAGAUGUCAUUUGAAGAGUAAUGGGAAACCCUUCUUCUUCAAGUAUAAAUUUGAGGAACCAUAUUUGAUGUAUCGUCAAUGGAGAGAAGUUACGAAAGACUAUAUUUCAAAUAAAUCAAGGAUGUUCAAAUUUAGAAAGCAUAAAUUCAUAACCAACAAGUAUCUUGAUUUUGUGAUCCCAAUCCUAGAAGCAACUCCCAAAAUGUGUGAGGAUUACAUGAAGGGGUUUGGAGUCAUUGAAUUAAGAAAUAAGUUUUUAGAAUCGUAUGGUAUGAGUGGGUUAGAAAUUUUAAAUCAUGAAAAAGUGGCCGAAUUGGAAUUGAGAAAUGCCAUUGAUUAUGAUAAAGUAGACGAACACACCAAAUUUUUAAUUUUCCCCAUAUCAGUCAUUGGAUGUGGUAAAACAACAACCUCACAAGCGUUAAUCAACCUGUUCCCUGAAAGUUGGGGCCACAUCCAAAAUGAUGAUAUCACUGGUAAGGACAAAUCACAAUUAAUGAAAAAAUCGUUGGAGCUAUUAGCCAAACAAGAAAUGAGAUGUGUCAUAGUUGAUAGAAACAAUCAUCAGUUUCGUGAAAGAAAGCAGUUAUUUGAAUGGUUGGAUGAACUAAAGGAAAAUUAUUUGGCAUACGAUACGAAUAUCAAGGUGAUCGGCGUAUCGUUCGCAGCUCAUGAUAAGCUAUCAGAAAUCAGAGACAUAACGAUGCAAAGAGUAAUAAAAAGAGGUAACAAUCAUCAAAGUAUCAAGUGGGAUGAAUUGGGAGAGAAGAAAGUCUUGGGCAUCAUGAAUGGCUUCUUGAAAAGAUAUCAGCCGAUAUGCCUAGGCAGAUCGCCGGAUAAUUUGUUUGAUUUAAUGAUCGAAUUGGAUUUCGGCGAGAAGGAUUCUUCGUUAACGAAUGUGAAACAGAUUUUAAAUGAAAUUCAUAAAGCUUAUCCUAUUUUGAUACCUGACAUUCCAACACCUGAUAGAAUUGACGCGGCCUUCAGAAAGAGUUUAGAGUACAAACCGACAGUGAGAAAAAUAGUUGGCAGGGGCAACGGCAAUCAGCCAAAGACACCUAAAUUGAUUAAACCUACCUAUGUGUCAGCCAUUAUAACAAAUUAUGAUGAAAUAGUUGAUCUGGUAAGGCAGGACAUUGCUGAUAAUACCAAGUUGUCACAAAUAUUAGAAGAUUUGCUGGCAAACGGAAAAUUUCAAAAGGAGCUUCAUAUAACCUUGAGUCAUAUCAUGUCUUCCCGUGAAAAGGAGGAAAAGAAGUUGUGGAAAUCGUAUUGUAAGAGGUACAAUGGGCAGAUAACAGAAUAUAAUAACAAUAACAAAAAUAUCAAAUCAAGUUCGAGUAUUAACCAAACUAAAUUGGUGAAAACUGCUGACACGCUGAAAUUUCGGUUGGACAAACUAUGCUGGGAUGAAAAAAUUGUUGCCAUUGUCGUAGAGCUUUCCAGAAAUGAAGAUGGAUGCUUAAUUGACGCAGAAGGUCAUACUAUCAAAGGAUUAUACUGUCAGAACAAGGUCCCUCACAUUACAUUGUGUAAGCUUGAUAGUGGAGUUAAGGCUGUUCAUUCAAACAUUCUAUGCGAGAAAGUUGUGUCUACUGAGGUUGAAGAUGGAAAUGCAAAAGUUCUGGCAUUGAGUAAUUCGAGGGAAUUUGUUGCCAAUGUAUAUUUGAAUUUUUAA